AUGAGUAAUGGAGUCGUCCAGAACUCCUUAGACAACCUAGCCCACAUUGCGAACAUGUCACACGAGCUCCAAGUCCUCAACCAGCAACUUAAGGAGGAGAGUGGUGGCUCACCUCCGGGCGGAAGCACCCAUGGGGGCCAGACAUCUACCAGCUCAACUCCUCCCCCUACCUUGAAGUCGGGAAAGCUCAAGCGAAUGGCAUGUGUCGAGUGCAGGCAACAGAAGUCUCGAUGUGAUGCUCAUGAAAAACAUCCCGAUCCAUGCACUCGGUGCCAGAAAAAGGGACUCCAGUGUGACUUGAAGUCCGACUAUAAGAGAACCUAUAAGAGAGCUCGAAUUGCCCAAAUUGAACGUGAGUUCUCCGAGUUGAAGAAAACUUUGACAAGUGCCCAGACCCAGGAACUCUUUGCUAAGGUGCCCUCCUUAAGUCAGAGUGACUUUGGUUCCAGUUCAGGUACACAGCCAGUGUCGGGUCAGUCGGCUAUACGGCAGAAUAAUUCUUUGACAAGCCAGGUCCAAUCCCCAUUGAAUUUCCAGAAUACCUUUGCACCUGCAACCCAACAGUCGCCCCUUCCGUACCAGAAUCAUACUCCGUCCAAUUCAAUUCAACCACACCAACAACUCAUCAACCAACACAGCCAUCUUCAUCACUCUAAUUCUCCCUAUGAUAAUAGAUUUUCGCAUAAUUCUUCAGAAACUAAUAAUUCCAUUCCAAACACCCCAUCUAUCUACAGACCAUUAGAUGAGUCCAUCAUGCAUACUACGGGAGAAAUCAGACAUUCAAUCCCUCACUACUCGUUGGAUUGUGAAGAAAAGACUAUGGACUCUGUUUCCCUAUCACCAGAGACCAUCAAAUCACUAUACUUAGAAUACGUGGAAAGAUACCAUCAAAUCUUACCUGUCGUGGAUAUAUCUUUGGGCCCUGAAAGAAUAUACAAGUUAUGUCCUUCCUUGUUUUGGGUCAUAAUGUUCGUUUCUUUGAGAAGAUUUAACGAAGACUCUGAGAAAUCGUUACUUUUACAGCUUUCUCCAUUGGUCAAAGGAAUUUUGGCUGAAAUCAUGAUCUCACCCAUUUCCAGAUACAAUCCUAUUGAAGAGGAUGAACCUAUUUAUAAUGCAUUGUCUGUCUACUCGGUCCAAGCCUUCUUAUUAUAUUCUUAUUGGCCUCCUAUCACUUCUUCGCUUAGUGCUGACUCGUCCUACAAUACGAUUGGAAAUGCUAUUUUCCAGGCAGUACGUAUCGGAUUACACUCUCCUGGCUCACAAUACAAACAUCAAGACCAGCCACAAGAGCCCAAUCCAACUCAGUCACAACCACAAAUAUCAAUUAUCCAGGAAAAUUCCAAGACUUGGAUCUUAUGUAAUAUAGUGUCACAGACGAUUGCAACUUCGUUCGGUUUUCCUGCUUUUACCCAGUUUGAUACUUCCAUCUGGACUACAUCUACUUCGUCUGCUUUCAAGUUGCCAGUUGCUAUCAAGUUUAUGAUGGAAAUUUCCAACUUUGAGGAUCAAGUCUCCAGAACUUUGAAUACCAACCCCAUGGAUCCCUACGGUUUGAUAAAUUCAGCAGAGAGGUUGCCUAUAUUAAAGCUUUUCAUGAGAAGAUUGAAUGAAUUAGAAAUCAAGAUGAAUCACGAACUUCCAUCCGAAGACGGGUUCAGAAAGUUUCAGUUAUAUGCUGCAAGAGUCCAUUUAUUGAGUUAUUUCUUCAUGGAUUCAUCUAGGGUGUCGAGUUUUGAACUUCAAAAGGGUUUGAUUCAAUUGUUCAAUGCUGCAAUUACCUUAAUCAACCACACACAGUCCUUUCAAAUUAAGGACAAGAAGUUUGUCAAAUAUUUGCCAGGUGUUUAUAUUUUAGAUAUUUGGCAAGCUGCUUGUAUUUUGGGCAAAUUGAUUCAUUCACCUAUGAAGAAAUUUGUUGAUACAGGAUCAGGAAAGCAAAGUUACGAGAUUGCAAUCUCUUUAGCGGCUAAGGCCUCGAUAAUGAAGCAUGACAUUGCUCAUAGAUCAAGUGGAAUUAUGAGGAACAUGUGGCAAUUGUUCAGAACGUUGCACGAGAAGAACUUGAAUAACCUCAACAUCACUAUCAGGAACAGAAUGUCCGCUUCUGUUUUCUUUGACUGUCUAUUCUUAUUGAGAGAUCAAGUAGGAAUGACCAAGUUCAGCAGUCAUGAUGAUGAGAAAAACGAGGUUGAUGGUGAUGAAAUUGAUGACGAAUAUGGAGACGACUUGGACAACGAAGGCGACAAUGCAGGUGAUGAUAAUGAGGAAGCGUUGGUCAGUGAUGAUGAAAAGCCAGGAGCUGGUCAUCAAAGCAAUCACAGCGGAAGCCAAAAGUCUACACCAGGAAGUACCACUUCGUCGCUGAAACGCCGCCAGAGAUCGUUAUCUAACACUGUCAAUGCCGAAUCUAAAGCAAGAAAAAUCAUAAGGACAAUUCCUUUGGACCCCCAACCCAUUUCAAUUAAUGGCAAGAGAAGUUCCAUAUUUAAAGUGGUGAAUAACUCUACGGAGUCGUCGCCACAGGUGAGACCAGAUAGAGAUUCACCGAACUCGAGUGGUAUGAACUUGGGGUUGAACAACGGAUCCGGGUUCAAGAAUCCACAAGCGAAUAAGAAGGCACACAAUGGUAGAUACUACAAUGCAGGUAGUUCGUUCUAUCAACAGGUGGACAAUUAUGGCCUGAACCCAGUGAUGGGCUCAAAGUUGACCCAUGCCCAUCCUAUGGAGGAGGGCCAGCCUGCCACAGGCAUUCCAGGUCAGGACGAAUCGCCUAUUCCAUUGUCCUUGGAUUCAUUCGAUAUGAAUAGUGACCUUCUUUGGAAAGACGUUGACAGUGUGAUGAACGACUUUGGUUUCCAUACUCAAUAG